UAUUGGCCAGCGCCUCGGGGCCGCGACCCAGCGGGUCCGAGGGCUGUGUCAGACCGCAGCGGCCAUGGCGUCCUAUUUCGACGAGCAUGACUGCGAGACGUUGGACCGCGAGCAGGAUGCCCGAACCAACAUGCUGCUGGAGCUCGCAAGCCUCCUCCCAGGUCUCUCUUCAAUAGGAUGGAUCUUGAAGACUUGGGACUGGUCGUAGACUGGGAUCACCACUUGCCUCCACCAGCUGCCAAGGCUGCGGUGGAGAGCCUCCCCAGGACAGUCAUCAGUGGCUCUCAGGCUGAGCUCAAGUGCCCCGUGUGUCUUUUGGAAUUUGAGGAGCAGGAGACUGUCAUUGAGAUGCCUUGCCAUCACCUCUUCCAUUCCAACUGCAUUCUGCCCUGGCUGAGCAAGACAAAUUCCUGCCCCCUGUGCCGCCACGAGCUGCCCACUGAUGAUGAUACAUACGAGGAGCAUAGACGAGAUAAGGCUCGAAAGCAGCAGCAGCAGCACCGCCUGGAGAACCUCCAUGGGGCCAUGUACACGUGAGACAGCUGGGCUGAGUGCCCACCCUCCACAGCGUCUCCCUCCACACCUGAACCCUCAUUAAACAUGUCUUUGCCCACCUGCAACUGCAUUGUUCACAGGCUGGGGCAGGGGCUGGCGUCCUCUACCAGGUCCCUGCUGCUCUUGGGUGAGGUGGUGCUGAACAGCAGAAGGUGCCAGGCUGCAUGUCCCUCCCCAGCGGCCUGUCUAGACUCAGGGUGGUGGAGCUCAGGUAAAGAGCCUGCCACCAGGCAGCCAAGGUUUGGCCUGUACUGGUGGUUGGAAGGCACACUCUGCCAGGGCCUGUACCUCGCAGCUAUUUAAAGCUGAUAAACUAACCUGCACUUCCCUCCCCCCACUGCAAUUUCUAGUUAACCUUGGAACCUUCAGUUAACCUUGGAAUCCUAGAGUGUUCUUUAGCACCAGAGAGAAAAUUGCUUUUAACAUUUUAAAAGUUGCUCUGUAUCUUUCCCUCCCCAUAUCCCCCUACCUUAGAAUCAAAGUUCAAACCAGACUGAGUGGGGGAAGGAAGUGAGGCUGUCAGGCCAGGUCAGGACUUUAGACAGUUUAGAGGCCCAGGAAGGGUUUCAAGCUCUGGUGGGUCUUUGGAUAGUGUCUGACAUCCUUGGUUCCUGACAGCCUUGCUCUUAAAGAGCUGUGUAUAUUCUGGGCUCUCUCUGGGGGCAGGGGUUAGGGAAAGCCAUCCGGAUUAUGCUCUCCCUUAUUCCAGAAGAGACUACAACAUGCAAAUUAGAAUUCUUUUAAUAGAUAUAAAAAAGUACUAAAAUA